UCGUCGUCUUUCACCGUCCGCUCAAACGAAAAAACCCUAGACAGGAAAUCGUUCGGAUUUUUUGGGGAAUUGAAAUUGAAAGAUGGUGAGAGCGAGCUUAACCCUUCUCAAAGACGCUAUGUCGGCUGGAUUCGCCAAGUCCCUCUCUGAAAUUCUUGUUUGCCCUCUCUCCAAACAACCCCUCAGGUUCUGUGAAGAGACGAAUUCUCUCAUGAGUGACGCCAUCGGCGUUUCCUUCCCCAUAAAGAAUGGAAUCCCUCGCCUCGUGCCAAAGGAUGGCAAGAUUCUGGGAAGUGGUGAUGAUGAUAAUGACAAAGUCUGAUGAUACUACGAACUCGGCUUCCGCGAACAGGAGGGAUUCAUAAGGUGGUGGUCCGAGUCUCCGUUUAAAAGGAUUGAGAGAGACUGCGCAUGGAAAAAAUGUACUUCUGCCGAUUUGUGGGAGUUCCUGGUCAUUGUUUGUCUUCAGUGAGGAGUCUGUUCAUGUCCGUAUGACUUUUAUGGCGUUUUCAUGGUAAUCAACAGUUCUUUCAUCACAAUUUCUCUGUCUAAUUCAUGCAUUUUCGAGCAGUGUUCUUGGAUAGUUCAAGAGAUCGUCGUGUUUUGGUGUAAUGCAAUGAAAAAACUGAAACUGUCUCUUGUUAGA